GGGGCGUCCGGGGGGCGGCGAGGCUCCGGGAUGGCGUCCCGCGACCGCGUGGCCCAGGCCAAGUCCCGCGCGGAGCGGUCCCGGCCGCCCACGGUGCCGGUGCCGCAGGUGGAGAUCGUGCCGGGCCGGCUGUCGGAGGGCGAGUGGCUGUCGCUGCUGGCCUUCGAGGAGGCGGAGGACGUGGCGGGCGACGUGCUGGCGGCGCUGCUGGAGCUGGUGCUGGGCGAGUGCUACAAGGUCUACCUGGCCCGGCAGUGCGUGCCCUACGUGAUCGCCCAGGCGCGGGAGGCGAUGCUGCAGAUCGUGGAGUGGCGCUUCCUGGUGCGGGACGCGGGCGAGAGCGACGUGGCUGCGGACCCGGCCUGGCAGGAGGACGAGGAGCCGUCCGCCGCCGUCCCCGACUCCUGGGCCCAGGGCUCCGUGCCGGUGCUGCAGACCGUGCCCAGCCCGGAGUGGGAGGUUCCUGCAGGCAAAGUGCCGGAGGAGGAAGCGUCUGCCCUCGAGGAGCUGCCAGGGGAGGAAACCACUCAGGCUGAGAUGCCCCUCCAGUGGGGAGAGGAAGUACCCCAGCCCCCCUCCCUGCUGGAAGUCAAGCCUCCCAAGCCCCAGACGAGGAGGGGGCUGCCCAAGGGCCGGGCUGCCCAAGGGCCCGUGGCUGCCUUUCCCGGGCGCUCCUUCAAAAGCAGGCCGUCCUGCCAGCCGCUCCUGGUAGCCCAGCACUCGGCCAGAUUGGAUGGCAGUGCAAAGAACGUCUCCAAGAAGGAGCUGCUUUGGCGGAAGUUGCCCCAGGGCCCCCUGGAGGUGAGCUCCCUGCUGGGCAGCAGGCAGCCCCUACUGCCUUCCUCGUGCAGCAACCUCCUCCGCAUCCAGAUGGGCCGCCCUCCCAACAUCAAGGAUGUUUUCUACGACGAGAUGGGCAACGUCACACUGGUGCCUCACCUGGAGCCAGCCCGCUUGCCUAAGCGGUGGAUAAAGCCCACCAUGGAAGUGGUGGAUCCUGAUGUUGAGUCGAGGCGCCAGGAAACCCUGAAGAUGGUCUCGGGCCGCUGCAAGCAGCACCGUCCCCCGAGUGGCCCUGUCAAGCGGGCCCCCGUAGAUCAAAGCAUCCUCCAGGCUCAGGUAGAGCCGGAGGACCCCAUGAAGGCAAGGCAGAAGGCCCACCUGGAGCAGGUGGCCUGUUCUCCUCUUCCAGCAGGAAAGACCCUCGAGCCCACCCGCUUUGUGUUGGUCAAGCCCACCUUGUUGGUGGAGACGGUUGACCUCGCCCCGGGAGUGAGCCUCCACCGUGGCGGUAGUGGCGCAUGCUUGCGGCCUGCAGAAGAUGCCAAGGAGGCAGGUGGGCCCUUUCCCAGCAGGGCCAAAGGGCCCUUCUUUCAGGAGCCACGACUUCUGCCACAUUUGUGCCCCAAAGCUGUGCUGGGAUGAGGAUCAGGGUGUUCACUGAACACAUCCCAGCCUCACACUGUCCUGAAAUAAAAUGGAUGUGACACACUCA